UGUCAGUACAAGCAUGCGUACUUUGACUACACGGUUUACAGUACACGUCUGCUAAUCUCUUAAUGACGACUGAUCCGAACAAUACUAUCAGUCCAAGGAUUAAAGAGAUCGUGAAUUGUUGUCGUGGCAGCCACUUCCAAAAUAUACUUCCAAAAUGAAGGUUCCAAGCAACUUCUUCAAAUACACCCAUCCAGCCAUUACAUUCGUGAUUGUGUUUGGUCUAUUCUAUUGUGUAGCUUUGAUGGCUUACUUACCCAAGUUCCUCACAAUUGGAUCACAUUUGGGUCCAUUGGGAACAGCACUGGAGAAUUAUGCCACAAACAACCAAGAAUACACUAGACGUGUUUUCCACAUCAUCAUGGCAGUUCACGCGGCGGAGGCCUUGUUGGCCUUGGCUCUGGCCUUAUUCUGGCGCCAACUCACCAUUGGUACCAGUCUCAAGUGGACCUUUAGUGUCUUCAUCAAUGGCUACUUUUCCCUGCGAUACCUCUUUUGGCCUCAACUGACCAGUAAUCACCAAACAACCAAAGCGGACCCGAAGGACAGCCAAAAGGCCAAGCGCAGCCGUCCAGCCAAAGGCAAACGGUUCUAUUAAAAGAAGACCCUUGGAACGGUUUAGAGAUUUAUUUCAAUAAUAUCCAUGACAUUGCUAACGAUA